CAUGUCAAAUAAAAAAAAGACGGAAAUUAACUUCGAUAGAAUCGAUAAACAAGUUCAUAAAGCUGUUUUGGCCGAUGAAAAAUACAGUCGGGAAAAUGACGCAAAAUUUCGAGCUCUUCAUCAAAAAGUAGCGACAUAUGAUGAAUUUAAAGGCAUAGUUGAAGCUUCUCACUUAAAACCAUUGGACAAAACUGAUAAAAUUACUACAAGUGGUACAUUUCAACAAGUAUGGAACUCACAAGCAUCAUCCAAGGAUGGUGACGACUUAGAGACAAAUCCGUUGAACCUUAAUCUAGUUAAUAUUCCAAAAAAUAGUUCCGAUUUUUGGAAAGAGUGGAGAAACAUUAAAAUAUCUGAAGAGAAAACUAAUUACCUUCUAAAAUUUAAAGAUAGUCAAAUAAGGCAAUUUUUCAAAAUGGAAAUACCAAGCGAUCAACUAGAAAGUUUGAUAAAGAGUUUAUCAUCUGUUGGAGAAUUAAAUCGACUGUCUACCAUAAUUGAAUGUAUUCAAAACUCAAAAAGAUUCAAUUUAGCAGUAUCUUUUAUGAGUUUAGAGCUAAAAAGAACUUUGCAAGAGUUAACAAUGAAAUUAGAAUCAAUUAAUCCAGAUUUAGUAACAAGUAUGAUGAAAAUUUUAUCGUUGUAG